GCGGUUUCCUCUUACCGCAGAGAAGCCGCUCCCGAGAGAGAGAUGAUUCUGAGAAAUGUGAAUCAGUGGACAACCACACUUAAAGAAGCACUAGACCGGACCUUGCUAAUAGCGAAGUUCCUCUGUGCCCUUCAUGUCACCAACACCUACCUCUUCACCCCUGCUCUGGUGUAUGGUCCUAGUAUGCUUCCAACCUUCCAUCUGACCGGUGAUUUGGUCUUGGCCGAGCGAAUUUCGACCCGUUUGGGCAAAGUGGGUCCUGGUGAUGUAGUUCUUUUGAGGUCACCCGAAAACCCCAGGAAGAUUGUGACCAAAAGAGUGAUGGGUUUGGAAGGUGACAGUGUUACAUAUGUUGUGGACCCAAAGAAGAGUUAUAAACAAGAGACUCUCGUUGUUCCAAAAGGGCACGUUUGGAUUCAGGGAGAUAACAUAUAUGCUUCUAAUGAUUCAAGGAAUUUUGGGCCUGUUCCUUAUGGACUUCUUGUAGGCAGAGUAUUUUGGAGAGUAUGGCUUACUUUUUUAAGCUAAUUUCCUUUCAAUAUUUUAAGCUUUUUAGCUUAUUUAGUUGUAAACAAAUUAUUCUCAAUCUUAUUGUUCUUAACAUAAAAAUUGCCAAUUCAUGGUUAAUGGCAUGUUCAUAAAUCACCAUGCUUAAUAUUUGGGGGUUAAUGUGAUGAUAAAACUAGUUGCGUUAAUGUGAUAGUAAAACUUGCUGCCAAAUUUAAUUUUAGUUCUUGGGUUUUACGAACACUAUUGGCUUCUUACCAAAUUUUUGGUGACAAGCUUGUAGCUUAAUCUUUAUUAUUAAUGACUUAACAGAAGAAUCAUCUGCCACAUGAAAUUAGAUGCGGGGAGCUAAGAGUCACAUACACUUCUCUGAAGGAGUUGUGUCAGUGUUGACUUCUUGACACCCUUGCAACACUGACCGAAAUGUGUCUGACAUGGUUUAAUUGAGUCUAUUAGAUGGAGUAAGAAUUCUGCAAUUUGAGACUUGGUUAACACUGAAGUUGCACUUUUCAACACACCAUCCAUUUUGCAUGUUAAAUACUUAAUAAGAGCUAUGUGUAACAGUUGGAGAAUUGGAAAAAGGUCCGAGUGUGUGUAUAAUUGUCAAGGUAGACAUAGUAAACCUGAUUCAAGCAUGCACUUUAUAUGAUAAACUUCUAACGUAGGAAUAACAUGGUCUUUGUAAAGAAGAUAAGAUAUUAUUGUAUUAGUAGGAGAGAGAAUUUUGUAUGUUCUAGGGAAUAUGUUUAAGUUGAUGCACUUCACAAACUUAGUCUUGUCCUUAAUGUAGUUAAGAUAAUACAAUCGAAAUUACAUAUUGGUCACAUAAUAUAUGUAUCAAAUACGGAUCUACAUGUUUAUGAAUUGUUGUCUCCUUUUCGUGUUUGUGCCCAUUUUUUGAAGAUUUUUUACAUCAAUGUAGUUGUGUCAUGCUGUCUCUGUGAUCGUGUCUAUGCUACCUAGAUGGUAGAACACAUUUAAUGGUGAACACCACAAUCAAGCCCCAGGUUUUCAUUUUAGUCUGUAGAUUGGUGUUGGAAUGAAGUUCUAAUUUUUCAUAAUGAAAUGGUAAAGUUUAUCAAUGGUAAGUUUGUUAAUUCUAGAAGUUGCAAUAAACAUUUAACCAAAUUCAGAUGGACCAACAAUGGGGAAUAGUGAAAGAAAAACUUGGUAGCCCAACCACAAAUAAUUGAAGUUGUUCUGUGUCUUUUUUUUUUGAUCCAAGUCCAGAUAAAUGUCAUUGUGUCAAAAAGUUUAAAUUGAGCAUAGCUUCAUCCAAGUAAUAGCCUCUAGGACUUUGCUUGUGGAUAUUCAGGGGACAUUAUGAAUUCGAUUUGGCUUGUGUUCAUGGAAUUAAAUGACUCUCCUGAGGUAUAUAGAAUUAUAAAACAUCUUUUUCACCUCUCAAUUGUUUUUAUAAUUAAUUUCUGUUGUCUGAUUUUUUUAUAUUGAAUAGAAUUUCCAAACUGAUUUUGCUUAUAGAUUUGGCCUAUUGAAGACUUUGGAUCUGUGGUUAGAAGACCUGAGUAAUAUACCUGUAUCUUGUGAGGAUGAUGGUUUAUCCCUACACUUUAUUGUCCUCUUAUCCACCCAGAUAUUGCUUUCCAUUGGAAUGGAAUUAAAGGGGCUGGUGCAAACAAAUGGCUUAAGGAGAAGCAUAUUGGAACUGGCAGAUUAACAAAGUAUGCUGAUCUUGAAAAUCCAGUUGGCUUGCAGGGGGAAUCGCUCGAGUUUAGGACUUAUUUUUGGUGAAGAAAUUAUCUGUUUGCAAAUUUUGCAGUAGUUCAUCCUUGUUUGUAUAAUUCUUUGAGUAUUUAAGUCUCUAUCAUUUUGAAUUACCAAUUACUUCAUUACUUUUGCCUCAAUAUGUGAACAAUUUAGUUAUUGUUUCCUUUGAUUUGAGGCUUAUCAGUGUUUGCUUUACGUGACACUAUAUUUUUUUGCUCAAACAGGUGGAUGUUUU